GCCGCAGCAGGGCCGGCGGCGGCGCAUCGAGGAGCUCUCCAGGUCGUCCCGGGAGCGGCUGCUGCAGUCCCGGGACAGGAUGUUCUCCAAGUUCACCGCCAUCCUGCAGCACGCCGUGGAGGCGCUCGCGCCUUCUCUUCCUUUACAAGAAGAUUUUGUCUAUCACUGGAAGGCCAUUACCCAUUACUACAUAGAUACUUCAGAUGAUAAAGCCCCAGUGACAGACACAAAUAUUCCAUCUCAUCUGGAACAGAUGUUAGAUAUAUUGGUCCAAGAAGAAAACGAACGGGAGUCUGGAGAGACGGGGCCAUGCAUGGAGUACCUGCUUCAUCACAAAACCUUGGAAACGUUGUAUACCCUGGGCAAGGCCGAUUGCCCCCCUGGGAUGAAGCAGCAGGUGCUGAUCUUCUACACGAAGCUCCUGGGACGGAUCCGGCAGCCCUUGCUUCCACAUAUCAAUGUACACAGACCAGUGCAGAAACUAAUUCGGCUCUGUGGCGAAGUCCUUGCAACACCAACGGAAAAUGAAGAAAUCCAGUUUCUGUGUAUCGUGUGUGCGAAGCUGAAGCAAGACCCCUACCUGGUUAAUUUUUUCCUGGAGAAUAAAUUGAGGUCAUUGGCAUCCAAAGGGGGGCCGGGCACCAUCCUCGAUACCGCAGAGAAGAGCCCCAACUCUGACAGUGGCCAGGGCUGCGCUCCUGAGGGGCUGGCAGGUGCUGAGCAGCCAGAGGCCGAGGAAGAGCCACAGCCACUGCAGGAGCUGGAGGCCAGCCUGGACCAGCUGCAGGUCACCUCACCGGAGGCCUCUGGGGUACGGCCCCCGCAGGACUACAACCUGGUGAACUCUCUGCUGAACCUGUCCCGCAGCCCUGAUGGCCGCAUUGCUGUCAAGGCCUGCGAGGGGCUGAUGCUGCUGGUGAGUCUGCCCGAGCCCGCGGCCGCCAAGUGCCUGACGCAGAGCACCAGCCUGUGCGAGCUGCUCACCGACCGCCUGGCCGCCCUCUACCAGGCUCUACCGCCUUCUGUGGACCCCCUGGACAUCGAGACGGUGGAAGCCAUCAACUGGGGCUUGGACUCAUACAGUCAUAAAGAAGAUGCAUCAGCAUUUCCAGGGAAGCGAGCCUUAAUUUCAUUCCUUUCCUGGUUUGAUUAUUGUGAUCAACUCAUAAAGGAAGCACAAAAGCCCACUGCUCUCGCCCUUGCCAAAGCCGUCCAUGAGAGAUUUUUUAUUGGUGUUAUGGAGCCUCAAUUAAUGCAAACUUCAGAGAUGGGAAUUCUGACCUCAACUGCUCUGCUCCAUCGCAUCAUUCGACAAGUGACCUCUGAUGUUCUGCUUCAAGAAAUGGUAUUUUUUAUCCUUGGAGAGCAGAGGGAACCAGAAACUCUGGCAGAAAUUGGCAGACACCCGUUAAGACAUAGGCUAAUUGAACACUGUGAUCACAUAUCAGAUGAGAUAAGCAUCAUGACAUUAAGGAUGUUUGAACAUCUUUUACAAAAGCCCAAUGAGCACAUUCUUUACAACUUGGUCCUAAGAAAUCUUGAAGAAAGAAAUUAUACAGAAAAUAAACCCCUGUGCCCUGAAGAUAAAGAUGUGGUAGAGAAUGGCUUGAUCGCUGGAGCAGUAGAUCUGGAAGAAGACCCAUUAUUUACUGACAUUUCACCAGAUAACACUUUGUCAAACCAAGAAUGGCUUAGUUCUUCACCCCCUGCUACGCCAGACCAUCCCAAAAAUGACGGGAAAACGGAAGUCCACAAAAUUGUAAAUAGUUUCCUGUGUCUGGUACCUGAUGAAGCCAAGUCAUCCUACCACGUUGAGGGCACUGGUUAUGAUACCUACCUCCGAGAUGCUCAUAGGCAGUUCCGGGACUACUGUGCUAUCUGUUUACGAUGGGAGUGGCCCGGGGCUCCGAAACCUUUGGAAAAGUGCAAUUUAGAAGCUGCUUUCUUUGAAGGCCACUUUUUGAAAGUGUUGUUUGACCGAAUGGGAAGAAUUCUUGAUCAGCCCUAUGACGUAAAUUUACAAGUGACAUCUGUACUCUCAAGACUCUCUCUCUUUCCUCAUCCACACAUCCACGAGUACCUUUUGGAUCCUUAUGUGAACCUGGCAUCUGGCUGUCGAUCUCUCUUCUCUGUCAUUGUCAGGGUGGUUGGAGACCUCAUGGUUCGAAUCCAACGUAUUCAAGACUUUACACCAAAACUACUGUUAGUCCGAAAGCGAUUACUUGGUCUGGAACCUGAAGGCCCCCUUAUCGACCACAUCACAUUGCUGGAGGGUGUGAUCGUUCUAGAAGAGUUCUGCAAGGAGCUGGCGGCCAUUGCCUUUGUCAAGUACCAUUCUUCCUCCACCCCCUGAGGCUUCCAGAUUUCCAGAAGAGCAGUGUGCAUGGCCUCGAAAAAGACUGCCUCUCCCCAGCCAGCAGAGGGUAGAAGCCUCUUAGAUUAAGUACUGCUGUAAAUUGGGCAGAACCAUUAAGAACCUGUUGAAUGGACACAGGGGGAAAAGGUUGUUCAUGUUCAGUCUUCACUGGUUCCUUCUCAGUGGUUCUCAGUAAAAAGUUGCACGUCCUUGAAUCCAAGAUACAAUCAAAGGAACUUCAGGAAAUAAGCAUUUCUAGUGACUGUGUGAGAAACUGCAAAAUUCCCGAUGUCAUGACUUUGAUGAGAUUUCUGUUAUUUUAAUAUCCUUUUAGGUAACAAGGCAUUUUGACAUUCUUUGGGAGUCAAAUGGCUUCUACGCUUUUGGAUUAAUAAGUAGUAAAAAACAACAACAACUAAUUUUAUAUUCUUUUUAAGACCAGAAUUCUUAUAUCACAAUAUGAAAAAAAAUAGUAUAAAUGAGAAAAACAAUUCAGGAACCACCAAGCUUGUCAAUAAUAGAAGAUCAGAAUGUGUAAUCUACCAUGAACUUUCUUCAGCUUUUCUAAAAAUAGCGAUUUAAUAUGAUAAACUCUUGAUUCAUACAACAUAUAUAUAUAUAUAUAUAUAUAUAUAUUUUUAAAGACACAUUUUUCUUUUGCACAUGUUUGUGAUUGAUUUUCAAAUCAAAGCCCCAGUUUACUUAAACUGUCAUGUAUUGGGCAACAAUGUUAAAUUCAUGCUCUUCAUAGGUGGUGUGGCCGGAGUAGUGUUUUGUUUUUUUUUUUUAAGCAAAUUACCAUAUAUUGGAUUGAGAGCCUUCCCUUCCUCCCCGCCUGCUUUGAAUAUUGCAUUCUAUUUUGAUUUUUUUUUAUUGAUCUGCAUGGGAUUGUCUCUGCAGGAGAUCACUCUUAGGCAAUGAUGUUGCCAAUGCCUUUCUUAGUGUUUACAUUUAGGUUUUUCUUCAGUCCUUUAUUUUUAAAUAUUCUAAAGCAAUUUAAAAAAAAAAACAAACAAGUUUACACAUGAGCACAUUCAGGUCUAUGGGAUUUGUAUGGAAGUUUCAAUGAGGGGCACUGUGGGCAGUGCCCACAAUGAGGGGCUGGGUACAACAGGCUUGUACUUAAGUUACAGACGGUAAGGGCUUGCUGGUCCCUUCUCUAGGUCACCCCUUCUAUGCCCCGGCCCCCUACACCCCAUUUUCCUAUUUUCUUCUUUUACUGCUCCAGCUUCUUAGUUGAAAUCUCCAGCAGUAGCACUUGCUCUCUAUCCAUUUGCCAAUGGCCAGGAGAGCAGACUAUCAAAUCUCCCACUUUGAAAGGCCCCUUCUGUCACCGCCCUUGGAGAAAUUGGUUUGCAUGGCACCUUCAUCUCUUCUGCACCUUGGGGCAUGUGCAUAGGAACAUGCUUUGCCCCCCUGACCGCUAAUUCUAUUGUAUUUCUCUUCUGGUUGAUGUUAUAGUUUGUGUUUGCUAUUUAUUAAGAACAGAGUUGCAAAAGAUAAUGAAUGUCAUUGUCUCUAGAAUGCUCCCCACCGUUCAAACAACAGACAGGGGCCAGAGUGAUAGUACAGUAGCUUGAUCCUUGGCACCCCAAAUGGCCUCUGGAGCACUACCAGGAAUAUCUCCUCAGUGCAGAGCCGGAAGUUAUCUUCGAAUCACCUGAUGUGGCCCCAAACAAGCAACAAAAACAAACCAAAACAACAGACUACAUUUUAAUUUCAUGCAAAUCUUUGUUAACUAUUCCAGAAGAUUCAUUUAGCAGCAGGAUGGGGAACUCAGUGGGAGCUCGUGUGUGCGUUCUUGUGGAAUGAUCUCCGUGAUGGGAGCAUCAUUCAGUUUUCCGUAUUUAUUGAUCCUCUCUGCAUGGGGCACUGCAGCCUCUUCAUUUCUGCUAAAAAUACAACAUUAAGAGAAAGUAGAUAUUUCUUCCUGUUUCCCGUCUCCAAUAGAUGUGAUAGUAAUGAUGUUACCUCUCAAACCAAAUAUGAUUUUCUCCUGAAUUUCACAGUGGAACCUUCUAGCUAAUCCAUAAAAAACCAAGCUCAGAAAAGCUUUAAUUUUGUGUGUAUGAAUUGCUGCUUUUUAAAACAUAAUUAUAUUCCUAAGUUAUUGUAAUGCCUCUGAUUUGCAAUCAGCUAACAUUAAGGGAUACUUUGUUUCAUUUUUAAGUUCUUAUAUUUUUAUUUUUCAUAGUUUAUAUCUAGAGCUGGCAUAUUUCACAGGGGAGUUGGAGUUGUUAGAGAAACAUGUAUUUAUUACUCUAUUUUUGUUGUUACUGUCUCCAACCUUCAGAAGCUGAAUAUGUCUUCAGAGCUUGCCAAACAGUGACUUACAGCCCAGUUUGGGUGGAAAGUAUCACCUUAUGCCAGAGCAAGCUCUAAAGUGAAUGUUAGCUUUACUACAUAUAGGUAUUAAUAGGUUGCUCCCCCUUUUUUUUUAAUUUUUUCUGUGGUCUUUGGAUUUUGUUUUCUUUUUUUCCAGAAAUGAGCCACGACCUUUACUUGAUAGAAAUCAGAUUUGUCCUUGGCCAGCUGCACUCUAGUCCUCACCUUCUCACUAUGUAAUGUCUCAUAAUGUAGCUGUGCAAUAUGGGAGCUAUGAAUGAGUUCAUAGCUUUUUUUGGUUUAAUUGUAUAUUAUUGUGUGUAUAAAUGUGUACAUAUGUACAUAUAUAUAAAAGGACCAAAAUCCUUGGCGUGCUUACACUAUUGCUAGUGUAAAGAUUAUUACACAUUUUACAGGGCACAAAUUAGGGGAUUCCUUCCUGACACGUGGUUACCUAUUUCCAUAAAUUAUUGCAUUCAUAUACAAUUACCAUUUAAUUAUGAAGUGGAAGGAUAUUGACAGGUGUUAUGUGUGUACCAUGAAGUGCUAAAAACAUAAAUUAUACAGUCCUUUUAUUUUUGAACUGUACAGUUAACCCGAAGAUGCAUGGCAUUGUGACACUGUGGAAGCCUAAUGGGUAAUCAUAGUUGUAGGCCCUGUAAAAUAGUGUUUCUGUAAUAUUCUGUUUGCCUCCCGCCUUGUUUACAUUAAACAAAAGGUAUUGGUAAAAUUU